UGUCUUUCACUUUCUCUCUUCCACUGCUGCAUUCCGCGCAUGCUCCCGACGGCGAAAAAGGGGUCUCAGCUCCUGUACUACGUUAAGACUUUACUAUUAGAGUAGGCUAUACUAUUUAUUGAUGUACAGCUAUUGUGGGAUGGGAUGAAGAAAAUGCUGUAAAAUACUGUAGCGAUGCAAUGAGCUGUAGUCGUUGAAAUCAAAAGUGAAAGUGCGGUGGUGCUUUUGUGUUCGCAGCAGUUUUCCACUUUGUCCUGCUGAGACUAACGUUAAACUUUGCCUAUAACUCUCGGAAUUUAAAGAAACACGGAAACUGGACUCUAUAAUGAUGAUAGUAAUUUUGUUUGGAUACUUCCUGACGGGCGUUUGUGGUGAUGGGGUUGCAGAUGUGGUACUUUCCUGCACCCUGGUGGAGGAGGGAGUGGGACUGGGUGGAAUGGGAGGUGGCACAGUCUUCACACGUACUCCAGCCACUCUUGUCUUAAGAGAUGUCGCAGUGGCUCCUGACGAAUCCCUCGAAACCCUCACUCCGUUUGUCCCGCCUUCAAUCCCUGACCCAGAUGCCAUCCUGUUAGAAGCCAAAGUGUCAUCACCUGAGAUCCCCAAUGCUCAUGUGUUGCUCCAUGCCGACUGCAAUGAACAGGAGGUGAUGUGCGAAAUAAGCCGUUACUCUCUUCAUGGAUCCCAGGAAAGUUCAGAACCAGCUUAUUUCAUGGUUUCUCUUAAUGUGGAGGAAGUUGAGUUCAGCACUGCGUUGAUUCUGCAGACUUUGACGGUAAACAAGGACCAGUCAACCCUCAUACAGAAAAAACUGGGUCUGCCUCUUAGCCAGUCGGGAACCCUUAUGACUGAGGUGAUUUUUCUGGUGUUUUCCCACAUAAAGUCUGUAACUGCGCCUCUGAGAGGUGAUGUUCUCCUAAACUGUGGCUUCAAGCAGCAGGAGAUACCUUUAGCGCAGGACGUGGGCAUUGCAUGGCGACUGCAGCACAGGGGAAAAGGGUGGAAAGUGCUUGAAAUGAAGACGAGGCUGGAUGAUGUAGAAGGGAGCACAGUGGUGCAUGCAGGAAGGAGGGGCUCAAGCGUGGAUGCCGCCCAGGUUGUAGGUGAGGGUAACGCCUCUGUGACUCUGACCAAGUUGAAGGUUGUGGAUGAGGGGACCUACAUCUGUACUGUCAGUGUUGACCUUUUCCAUGCCCAGCAGGUCAUUCAUCUCAACGUUAUUCAACCACCUCAUGUUUCACUCUCAGAGGAGAGGUUGAUUUUGAAGAGCGAGUCACCUCAGACGCUGAGCUGCCACUGCACUAAAUACUAUCCACUGGAUGCUCAGAUGGAGUGGUUAUCCCUCUCUCCUACAGACACAGAGCCAACAGUGCUUUCAGAUCAGGGCUCUCUGUCCAGCCAUCGGCAGCAUGGUGAUGGGACUUAUUCCCUGUCAUCUCACCUCACUGUGCAUUCCAGUGUCUCCCCUGGAACUAAAAUCACUUGCAGGGUGUCCCAUCCGGCCCUGGACGCUCCUCUCUCAGUCAGUCUGGUGGUAGAAAGUCCAGAACCAGGUUCCUAUUGGUGGGUUCUGGGUUUCCUGAUCAUCACUGGGCUUUUCUUCUACCAGGUCAUGAGAUAAGUUAGUAUAGGUAGAGGUAGUAGAUACUCCUGACUUGAAUCUGAGCCCAGAGAGACUUCCUUUGUGUCAUUUGUGAGUCUGUAAAUUAUUACUGAUUUCAUUAGAAGCUAUCACUGGUUCUUUUAACUUUCCUAGGCUUUCUCUGUUUUCAUUUUGUUUAAAGUGCUCAUAUUGUGCUUUUUGGCUUUUCCC